AUGGUUCGCUCUUCCGGGGAGCCCGCGAAAGUCUACACGGUCAAUGGAGCCGCUGCUGGCUCCGGGAUGUCUCUUCCUGACUGGCUUGUGCGGAAGCGAGCUGCGAAGAGCAAAGGCAGAAAACGCGAGCACAUCCAAGGGACCAUUGAUCUGAUUCAGGAUUUUGGAUUCCCUGAAGCUAGCAUUAAGAUAAGAGUUACUCGAGAUGGUCAUAAUGCCAUUGCCACUGGCGUUUACAAACCGCAAAUGCACGUUUACGAUCUUGAUCAAAUGACAUUGAAAUUCGAACGGCAUUCAGACAUAGAGAAUGUCGACUUCCAGAUUCUCUCUGACGACUGGACCAAAUUAAUAUUACUUCAAGCAAAUCGCUCCGUGGAGUUCCAUGCACAAGGUGGCCUUCACUACUCAACCCGAAUACCGAAGUCUGGACGAGCUGUUGCAUAUCACUACCCCUCUUGCGAUGCUAUUUUCGGUGGGACUGGCCAUGAAGUAUUUCGCCUGAACCUCGACCAGGGUCAAUUUCUCAAUCCACUGACCCUGGAUGCCGAAACAGUACAAGGCGUCAAUUGCAUUGAUAUCAACCCAGCGCACCAGCUUCUCUCCUUUGGCACUGAGGGUUUUUCUGGGCAAGCUCCCGGGGUUAUCCAGAGUUGGCAUAUUGCCCCUCCCAUGGUCUCAACUUGCUCCCCCAAACCCAACACCUCCAUAUUGCCGCAAGACCCCUUCUCCAUCACCUCUCUGGCUUCUCGUUCCGAUGGGUUAACCCUCGCAGUUGGAACUUCCACCGGUCACACCCUUCUUUAUGAUAUCCGUUCACCGAGAGCUUAUGCCGUGAAGGACCAAGGGUAUGGCUUGCCUGUCAAAUGCAUAUCCUGGGCAGAAGGUCUUUCGAACAAAAUGGCAGGCGACGGAAUUGUAAUCAGCGCUGACGCCAAAGUGAUUAAACUCUGGGAUCGCAACGCGCCCGAUUCUAACCUAACAUCCAUAACUCCGGAUAAUAAUGUCAACCACUUCGUGCAUGUACCUUCGUCAGGCCUUCUUAUGGCGGCAAACGAGGGAAGUCGAAUGACAUCGUAUUACAUCCCCGCGCUGGGUCCCGCCCCAAAAUGGUGUCGUUUCCUUGACAAUAUUACCGAGGAAAUGGAGGAACAAACGGCACGAACCGUAUAUGAUGACUUUAAAUUUGUGGACCGUCGAGAACUUGCUGCACUAAGUUUGGACGGACUGGUCGGCACACCUGCCCUGAAGCCCUAUAUGCAUGGCUAUUUCAUUUCUCUCAAACUCUACGAUACUGCUCGCGCAAUCUCCAAUCCCUUCGCUUACGAGGAGCACCGCGAAAGAGUGGUCAAGGAGAAGCUGGACAAGCUUGCAGACAGCCGCAUCCGGUCGUCUGGCGCUGACCUUUCGAACGUCAAAGUGAACAAAAUUCUAGCCAGGAAGAUUCUGAGACAACAAGAGCUCGAGAAGCAGAAGAAAUCAACGAAAACAGACUCAGUAACAGAAGAAAAAAUAAUGGAAGAGACAGAGCCUGCUAAUGUUCUCAAUGAUUCUCGCUUCAAAAGUCUAUUUGAGGAUCCCGAAUUCGAGAUCGACAAAACCAGCGAUGCGUACCUCCGUCUCCGGCGUCAAGCGGCCCCGAAGGCGUCUUCCACUAUGGAAAAGGCACCGCGAACCAAAACGGCUGUUGAAGAAGAGGAAGAAGAAAGUGACAGAAGUUCUUCUGAUGGUAUCGGUAACUACAGUGAAAGUGACGAGCCCAAAUCAGAGCACGACAGCAGUGAUGAAGGAGACCUCACUCUCACAACCAUUAAACCUAACCCUUCUCAAGUCGCGAAGGACUCGCAAACUAUGGUGCAUGUUCCGCAACGUGCGGUGCCGCUACCACAGCCGAAGAUGGUAGCCGCAAAGCCAACGACCUCAGCUACUGAGGCAGACAAGAUACGGAACAAGAAUGCAUCAUUCGGGGAACGUCAGCAAUCCGUUCAAGUCUCUUCAACUUCGGAUUCCUUCUCAACCGAAAGAGUGAACAUCAUAAAAGGAGGCGGAAUGGAAUUUUCAUUUAUUCCUCAACGAUCUGGAGAUGGCGAUUCGCUGUUUGACGAUCGGCCGCGACCAACCACAUCACCAACUCAGAAGAAUGAAAAGGUAAAAGCAAAGAGAGGAUUUGACACGUUCGGUGCUGGCAUGGAGAAAGGGCGACGGCAAGAGGAACCUGAAUUGGAAGGUGAGGAUAGAAGUGGACGAACGAAACGGCGACAAAAUAUACGGAGCGGGAGUAAGAAAGCUCUCAAGCAUUUGUAG